GUCAUCAAGCGGCGCCAAACAAAGCUCCAUGUGCAGGAGAGAAAAACGAAGCGGAUAAAAGUUGAGUUUCUUUGUGAUUCGGGACGAAAAAGGGGCUAGAAACACAAAAGCGAAGAAGUUGAAGCUGCUGCGGAGCCGCUCCGUGUGCUGUGAAGUUUUAAACCGGAAACUGAAAGAAGGAAAAACGCAGAAAGAAAAAAAUAAGAAAACGAAAACCGGCGUUCAGUAUUUAAAGUCCGGAGAAGAAACGGAGAGUUUAAAGAUGCUGCUGAGUUCAUCUGCUGGAUGAAGGUUCAGGAGGAGAACAUGGAGGACGGACAGAGGGACGAGGAGGAGACGAUGCCUGAACAGGAAGAGGAAGUGAUGAAGGCGGCGUCGGCGGAGCGCUGGCAGCUGAUUGGUGGACACACUCCCAGCUCCUCCUCCUCAUUCACCUCCUUUCCCUUCAGAGGAGGCGAGGAAGACGAGGUCAGCGUCGUCAUCGUCACCGCCGAGGACGAGUCCUGUCCAUCAGAGCCGUUUGGCACCGCCCACCUCGUACAGACCAAUCGGGACGCAGGGAUGAAGGACGGAGGCGACACAAAAGAGGACGAGGAGGAAGUGACAUCACCUUCAGCUCACCUGCAGCAACAGAUGAAGAGGAAGCUGGAUCACGGUCCAGACGGACGGACGUUUCCUUCAGGGAAGAAACACUGCAAAGGCAACGGACCGCUGGGUCCCUCCAGUCUGGUUCAGGCCACGCCCACCACAUUUGGCGACCUGCGGCUGGCCAAUGGGCACUCGGCUCAGCGGCGGCGGGUCACCUCCGGUCCGCCUCCGACCGGCCUGCAGGACUGGCUUCACACCUUCCAGAUGUGGAGCGGUCCCGAGAGGCUAUUGGCUCUGGACGAGUUGAUCGACAGGUGCGAGACCAGCCAGGUGAAGCACAUGAUGCAGGUGAUCGAGCCCCAGUUCCAGAGGGACUUCAUAUCGCUGCUGCCCAAAGAGUUGGCGCUGUACGUGUUGACCUUCCUGGCCCCCAGAGACCUGAUGCAGGCCGCCCAGACCUGCAGGUACUGGAGGAUCCUGGCCGAAGACAACCUGCUGUGGAGGGAGAAGUGUCGUGAAGAAGGUAUAUCAGAGUGUGAGUGGUCUCAUCGCAGGAGUUGCGGGGCUGCGGUCGGUCCGUGGAAGGCGGCCUACAUCCGGCAGCAUCGCAUCGAGACCAACUGGAGGCAGGGCGACUCCGGGGAGCCGAUGGUCCUCAAAGGUCACGACGAUCACGUCAUCACCUGUCUGCAGUUCAGCGGCAACCUCAUCGUCAGCGGCUCCGACGACAACACGCUCAAAGUGUGGUCGGCCGUCACCGGAAAGUGUCUGAGGACGCUGACCGGUCACACCGGUGGAGUUUGGUGCAGUCAGAUGUCCGUCGCCACGGUGAUCAGUGGCUCCACCGACCGGACGCUUCGUGUUUGGGACGCCGAGAGCGGCGAGUGUGUCCACACGCUGUACGGACACACGUCCACCGUGCGCUGCAUGCAUCUCCACGGCAACCGGGUGGUGUCGGGUUCCCGGGACACGACGCUGAGGGUCUGGGACGUGUCCACGGGUCGCUGUGAACACGUGCUGACGGGUCACGUGGCGGCGGUUCGCUGCGUUCAGUUCGACGGACGGCGUGUGGUGUCUGGAGGAUACGACUUCAUGGUGAAGGUGUGGGACCCCGACACAGAGGUGUGUCUGCACACGCUGCAGGGACACACAAACAGAGUGUACUCACUGCAGUUUGACGGUGUGUUUGUGGUCAGCGGUUCGUUGGACACAUCUAUCAGAGUCUGGGACGCAGAGACAGGUAACUGCGUCCACACUCUGACCGGUCACCAGUCUCUGACCAGCGGUAUGGAGCUCAGAGACAACGUCCUGGUGUCUGGAAACGCCGACUCCACCGUCAGAGUCUGGGACGUCCGGACGGGACAAUGUCUCCACACCCUGCAAGGACCCAACAAACACCAGUCGGCCGUCACCUGCCUCCAGUUCUGCAGAGGUCUGGUUCUGUCCAGCUCUGAUGACGGGACGGUCAAACUGUGGGACCUUCGGACCGGAGCCUGGCUGAGGGACGUUGUGGCGCUGCAGAGCCGAGGAUCAGGUGGCGUCGUGUGGCGAAUCAGAGCGUCCGACACUCGGCUGGUUUGUGCCGCCGGCAGCAGGAACGGCACCGAGGAGACCAAACUGCUGGUUCUGGACUUUGAUGUGGACGACAGGAAGACGGAGACGGACUGAAGGAGACGCCGAAGACCGAAGACGAACCGACGGUCUUCACUGAUCGGUCUGCAGGUGGACGGAACAGAACCGUGAAUGUUUAGUUGAAUGUAGGACUGAGGAGGCCGACGCCGCUGCUGAUCACCAAAUCUACCCAGACUUUCAGAGGCGACCCAGACGAAUUCUGCUGGAUUCCUCUCGGUUCGACGGUUUUCGUCUUCGUCGCUUCAUCGGUUCAGAAACUCGCUGCUGCUGAAAUCUGGGAAUCGAAGCUUUUUGUUUUUCAGAGACGGAGGACAGACAGAAAUGUAGCAGAGCCUCACACCUGCAGCCGUCAAACACCUGAAACUCUAAAAUAUUCCAAACCUGGACCGACUUCUCUUUCGCUUAAACGUUUCUCCCUUCAUUCAAACUUCAACAGCGGUUCAGUUUGGUGCUCAAACUUGUAACUGCAUAGAAACUGGUAGAUAGAUCUGUAGUUCUAGAUCUGUAGUUCUAGAUCUGUGGUUGUAGGUCUGCAGUUAUAGAUCUGUAAUUAUAGAUCUACAUGUGUAGUUCUGGAUCUGUAGCUCUACAUUUGUAGAUCUGUAAAGAGCCUAAACUUAUAGAUCUGCCAUUGUAGAUCUGUUUUUAAAGAUGUGCCGCUAUAGAUCUCUAGUUGUAGAUCUGUAGUUAUAGAUCUGUAAUUAUAAAUCUGCAGUUGUAGAUCUAAAGUUGUAGAUCUGCAGUCGUAGAUCUGCAGUUGUAGAUCUGAACUCAAAGAUAAAGAAGGAAAAGCUUCAAAAACGUGUUUGAAAGUUCGUACUUGAACCUAAAUCAUGAUAUUUUUAUAAUCCAAACCCAGUAUUUUGGCUUCUAAGCUUCUGUCCAGCAGUUAUUUUUGUUAAAGCGUCGAUGAAACUGUGAUAUUGUCCGAAAUCUGAUCUAAAACGUGAGUAAAAAUCAAAGGUAAACCAGUGAAAAUGAAGCUUCAGUCUGAUAAUAAGGUAUGUGGUGAAAGUCCUCCACUGCUCCUUCAAAUUAAAAGCCCGUCUUACGUAAACACAUUUUUUUUUCUUAUGUGACACUAAGGUGGAGGAAAGUUGGAUCACUCGUUAUUUUUCUGUUGUUUUUUCUUCAAACUUUGAUGGUGAAUCCUGAAGCAGCUUCUUGUGUUUGAUAAACUUCAUCACUACUCGACUUUAUUGCACUAAGUUCCAGAAAAAUGUCACUUUUUUUAUAAAUAGUUUCUUUUUUCCUUUCCAGAUCCACUCCACACGUUCUCCUCACCUUAUGAAACAUUUAAAAAAAAGAUAAAUAAUUUAAACGACUCCUUUUAGCCGAUAUUAAUCCGAUAAGCUGCCGUUGCCGGGCAACACCUCCAGCCAAUAGCAGAGGUCUGGGCGAUGUUUCCCCGGCAACAGGUGUGUCAGAGGCAGGUGAGAGGCUCUGGAUCCUGUAACAUACUGUAAAUACUGAGGAUGUACAUAUCGAGCUUUUGUAAUAAAAAUAAAAAAACAGAGAAAAUAUUGUGAACGACGGAUAAGAAACAAUAAAGACGAGUUUUAUAAAAA